AUGCCGACAAAACCUCAAACACCGAGGGGUCAACUACGGACCGAAGCUCAAGCACACAAUCCCUCCAAUGAUGAUUCGGGUUCGGGAGAGGCUCCCGCCCGCAGGCGCCUGCAAAAGUCAGCCUCGACCAAUUUCCCCUCGAACAACACCAAUUUUGAUACCUCAAACGGGAUCGCCGGACCACGUGCAGGCGGGAUGAACAGGAGGAGACUUUCAAUUCGUGACCAAAGGGUUCCUCAGGGUCCACGACCGCAAGACGCUUCGCGAUGGAGCAAACCUGGCCCGUACCUUCAUUCUGGGAACUCCUCUGUUGAUUCCACGAUUGAUUCGACCAAAAGCUUCAACCUUCGAUCUACGAGUGUUGGGAACCUGUCAAAGGCUAGCCCCAAUCCUACAGACAAUAUAGAAUUCCUAGCGCCGGUCAACUUCGAUGAUUUCCACAACAGCAUUAUGGGCGAACCGAGCUUGAACCACUUCCCCAUGCCUGGGAAUGGCAGUUCAGGUGAGAAUCGUGAAACCGGUCUGACGAAUCCUUGGGAAAACCACACGUACGCGGGCAAUGUAUCGGAGCGUACACGGGGCCCUUCGACUCGAAGAAAGAGUGAAGUGCAACGACCGAAUGGUACGAAUGCCGCUGCAGGACUCACGGCAUCCUCUGCCAAUACCCGCGCCCGCCGUCAGAGUAUAGCCCAGCCAUCUACUGCAAGCACUUCAAGGAGCUCGCGCAAAUCUAUCAGCUCUGGGGCAUUUGCGCCUACCAAUGCUUCGGCCAGACGCGCCAGUCUAAGUGCUCGCAAAGCCAGCACGGACACCGCCUCGACGAAUAACUUCCUUCGCCCCCGACUCCCAGAGUCUGAUGCCAAGGUUCCGUCUUCUGUUCGGAACCUCAAGGCAAAGUCAUUUCAGCCCAGUCCAAGGGAACCCCGUGGUCCGUUUUUGACUGCCUCUGGGGCCAUUGACCACACACGCUCAAAUUCCACUAAUGCCGUACGGACCCCGGUCAGAACCCCUUCUAGCGCCGUGGCGACUCCUUCUUCAACCUCCAAGCGGGCUUCUGUUAUGCCACCACAUGCUACUGGACUCGGCGCUCGAACGAUAAGUCCCACUGAUGCGCGAAGACUGAAGCGAAUGUCGAUUGCGCCUGGUGCUCCUCCGAUGCCGCAUACACCUCCCACCCAGUCAGAACCUCUUCCCAUCCGCCCUCUAUCGUCAACUCAAUCUCCCUCUCAAAUUCCGAGGAAAAGCGUCACACCUUCCUCGAACCGAACCACGCCUGACCCAAAUCGUAAGUCGUACAGUUCAGGGUUGUCUGUUUCCUCCGGCACCAGCUAUAGCUCAGUGCGAACUUCUGGGAGCUCCAUUCAAAACCGGCUGUCCCAAAAUCUAUCUUCAUCACGACUCCCGACGCCCAAGCCCCGUACAGAGCAAACAAACUCCAACGGGGAAGAGGUACCGCCGGUUCCAGCAAUUCCCAAGGCCUAUGAAUCACCCAAAGGUGAACUGGAUGCGCCUGUCUUUCCCGCGCCCAGAAAACCAAGCAUUCCUGUGGAUUUGAGCCUUAUGAAUAUUAAAGAUUCGGACUCCGAAGCACACACAACCGCCCAAGUUGAUAACGUUGACCCCGCCGAAACGACAACUCCUGAUUCACGGUCACGAACUUCGACUGUUAUGGGAGGACGGAAGGGUUUGCAGCCCUUGAAAUUGCCCCCACUGAAUUUGUUGCCUUUGGGCACACCAAUGACGACCAAAAUUGAGGCACUCAAGGAUAGGGACGAUGAGCGCAAAGCCCACACACCCUCCAACCAAGUGGUUUCAAAGACGCCUAGUACUCCGAUGACAGCAUCUAAGGCGAAUUUCUGGUACCGUGAUGAGGACGACCAAAUGCCACUCACCCAAGCACGAAGCAGUACCUCUCAUUUUGUCGUCAGCUCAUCAACCGCCGCGUUGCGAGCUUCUAGCAGUAGCAGUGCGUUCGAGUCGUUUGACACGCCAAGUGCAGCUCGCAGCAUUUCUCCCUAUGCCUCGUACACGCUGCCCAAGAGCGGUGCCGAGCUUAACCAUCUCCGCCAUCAGGUCAGCGCCGACUACUCGAAUCGGACGCAGCCACACAAGUUGAAUGGGCCACGACCUCAGACGCAAAGUGCCAUCUUCACACCCGCACCAGAACGGCUCAGCCAGAUAUCGACGCCUAGCCAGGUAUCGACGCCUUCGGAGCCUGAGAGUGUUACUGUCACUGCAUCCAGCUCCUCUCUUCGGGACCGGCUCAAGGUGGCGCGGCUUCGCAGCAACUCGAAGCCCCAAAAGCCAGACAUCGAUACCGAUCCAGCCAAGCACAACCAUAUGCCCCCGCCUAAACUUCCAGCCUCUGCGACAUGGAACAACCUGUCUUCAGUCAACUCGACCAGCCCUAGUCUCAAGCCAUCGUAUCUCAAUCCUCGCCGUCAGUCUUCUAUUUCAAGUGCAGCAAAUCCGACGACUCGAAAGCCAAGUGUUAGCAGCGAGAAAAGUCUCGCCCUGGAGCCAACCCCAUCCAAUGAGUCGGGCGAAGGCGACCGCUCUAGACGCGUGCAGAGCGCGUAUAUCUCUCCUGUUCACAAGAUGAUUAAUAACGCUAGAUCUAAUGUUGCGGCUGCUUCACGGUCUCCGGACAGAACCGUUGAUCCAGAUGUGGCGAUUGCAGAUGAAGAGAUGAAACGACUUGGGUCUAAGCGCAAAGACUUUGAAAAGGCAGCUCGUGUGCUAGACGACUUGCGCCGUAAGGCUGGACCAAAGGAUCGUGUCAGUCCCGCCCAGGCCUUGAAAAUGGCAACGCUUAACAUCUUUGAACGCGGUGAGAUCAUCGAUUAUCGCGAUAUCUACUUCUGCGGUACCCAGACUGCCAAGAAGCAUGUUGGAGAUCUCCACUCCGGCGCAGCGAACUUUGGCUACGAUGAUGACCGUGGUGAUUAUAACAUUGUUAUCGGUGACCAUCUGGCUUACCGGUACGAAGUUGUUGAUGUCCUGGGCAAGGGGAGUUUUGGCCAGGUUGUGCGAUGCGUCGAUCACAAGACUGGGGCUCUAGUUGCGAUUAAAAUAAUUCGUAACAAGAAGCGAUUCCACCAACAGGCCCUGAUUGAGGUCAACCUUCUACAAAAACUGAAGGAAUGGGAUCCCCAUGGCAAACAUAGUGUGGUCAACUUUACCCAAAGCUUCUACUUCCGUGGUCAUUUGUGUAUCUCGACUGAACUCCUUGGCAUGAAUCUUUAUGAAUUCAUCAAGGCCCAUGAAUUCCGGGGCUUCUCGUUGAAGCUGAUCCGCGUUUUUACCAAGCAGAUGCUUAGCAGUCUUGUGCUGUUGCAUGCGAAGAAGGUCAUCCACUGUGACUUGAAACCUGAAAACAUUCUUCUCGUUCACCCGCUGAACUCUGAAAUUCGGGUCAUCGACUUUGGUUCAAGCUGUUUUGAGAAUGAAAAGGUCUAUACCUACAUCCAGAGUCGCUUCUACCGUUCGCCCGAGGUCAUCCUCGGAAUGUCGUACGGCAUGCCGAUAGACAUGUGGAGUUUGGGCUGCAUUUUGGCUGAGUUGUUCACUGGUUAUCCCAUUUUCCCAGGAGAAAAUGAGCAAGAACAGCUUGCUUGUAUCAUGGAGGUAUUUGGCCCUCCAGAGAAACAUCUCAUUGAAAAGAGCACACGCAAGAAGCUGUUCUUUGAUUCUCUCGGCAAGCCGCGUUUGACUGUUUCAUCCAAGGGACGCCGACGUCGUCCGAGUUCCAAGGAGCUCCGACAAGCCCUGAAGUGUGACGAUGAAGCCUUCCUUGACUUCAUCAGUCGCUGCCUUCGUUGGGAUCCUGCUCGUCGAAUCUCGCCCCACGAUGCGUUGAAACACGAAUUCAUCACUGGCGUCAAGGCCCCCCGGCCCAGGAUGUAUUCAACCAACUCACCCUCCAAGCGAGGUGUUAGCUCCACGGCUCGACCUCUUCCAGAUCCUCCAAGCACAACGCUGAAGAGCGGGUUUAUGCGCACUCGCGAUGCUUCUGCCACUUCCCCGGUCAAGGGUAGCAGCAAACGACACUCGACCGUGAAUGGUCCUCCGUCGAGCCCCGGCAAGCGAGGGUCUAGCAAUUCUACAACUACCGGCUCCGCACUCCCUCGCGUUUCGGCGCGGAGUCUCAGCGGGAAGCCAGACCUCGCUACUGCGGCUGCUGCGACAAGCCUGGGCUUGAACGAAGAUGCCUUCGGGGAGAAGUCUAGUUUAUCUGCGCUAAAGACCUUCGAUGCCUUUCCCAAAACCAAACCCUCCUACACAACCCCAACCCGCAGCGGCGGCCAAUGGACCGUCCUAAUCUUCAUCGUAUGCACGAUCUUCAGCUGGUCAGAGUUAAAAACAUGGUGGCGCGGCACCGAAAACUACCACUUCAGCGUUGAAAAGGGCGUCUCGCAUGAGCUCCAACUAAACCUCGAUAUGGUCGUGCACAUGCCCUGCGACCAGCUCCGCGUGAAUAUCCAAGAUGCAGCCGGUGACCGCAUCCUAGCCGGCGAGCUCCUCAAACGCGACGACACAAAUUGGGCCCUCUGGAUGCUGAAGCGCAACUACGAGACCAGCGACGGCGCCCACGAAUACCAGACCCUCUCCCACGAAGAAUCCGACCGUCUCGCCGAACAAGAAGAGGACGCCCACGUCCGCCAUGUUCUCGGUGAAGUGCGCCAUAACCCACGCCGCAAGUUCGCCAAGGGCCCGCGCAUGCGCCGCGGCGAUGUCCCAGACGCGUGUCGCAUCUACGGAAGCCUCGAGGGAAAUAAGGUGCAAGGUGACUUCCACAUCACCGCGCGCGGCCACGGGUAUCGCGAGAACUCCCCGCAUCUGGAUCACUCUUCCUUCAACUUCUCCCAUAUCAUCACGGAGCUCUCCUUCGGUCCGCAUUACCCGACCCUGCAGAACCCGCUCGACAAGACUAUCGCCGAGACCGAGGAGCACUACUACAAAUUCCAGUACUUCCUUUCCAUUGUGCCGACGCUGUACAGCCGAGGCAAGGGCGCGCUAGACGCGUACACGCGCUCGCCGGAGACUGCGGCUUCGCAAUACGGGCGUAACACCGUCUUCACAAAUCAGUACGCGGCAACCAGCCAGUCCAGCGCGAUCCCUGAGUCGCCAAUGGUUGUGCCGGGCAUCUUCUUCAAGUAUAACAUUGAGCCGAUCCUGUUGCUGGUCAGCGAGGAGAGGGCGGGCUUCUUGUCGCUACUGAUUCGGGUUAUUAACACCAUUUCAGGCGUGCUUGUUACUGGCGGCUGGCUUUAUCAGAUUACUACUUGGGCUGGCGAGGUCUGGGGCCGUAGGAAGAGUAGGUCAUCUGAGGGUUACUUGACGGGCAAGACUUCUAGCGAUUGA